AUGUUUCUUACGCUCUACCUUCUCUCCCCAUUCAUCGUUCGCUUUUCCCUCGUUGACCAUGUGAAUUCCCCUGCAUUCUCCCUCUCAACGCCUCACUCAAUGAACCUGGAGCAACCAGAGACCUCGAGGCUGUGCUUUGCAAAGACAUUGAAAUCUCCUCCCCCCCUUCCCCUCUCCCUUGUCACUUGCGCUCUCUCUCUUCACACCCCAUCGGAUCUAGAAUCCUCCAAGCUUCGCACAGCCAUAGAGAACAUGCAUGUGUUGGUUCUCUCGCUCUCUUGCUCCUUCUCCCUCUCAACACCUCCUCCUCCCUCCCAACAGGCAAUCCCAGUGGCCAAGGCAGGGGAGUUCCAUCGCCUGGCAAUUCUAGUGGCCAAGGCAGGGGAGUUCCGCGGCCUGGUGAGCUAUCGCCUGGAGGGGCGGUGCGAUGCUCUUUCUCCCUUUCUCACGCACCCCCCUCCCCCCCUUCCCCCUUCUCCUCAGCUGCAGGCAGUGAUAUGCCUUGUCAGCAACCCCAAGGACCAACCCUCCAUGGCUGAUGUCGCCAAGUGGUUGACCUCAUGGGUGGGGCACCAUAAGCCCAGUGCCUGA